AUGUCCCUAGUGUCAAGAGGACUUCGAUCAGGUGCUUUAGAUAAUCCCGGAGCAGCGCAAGAAAGUUUAAGAUUGAUGGGGCAUGAUAUGUCAAUUAAUGGCAUCCGCAAGUCAUUGAGACGAAAUGGACUUAAAUCUCGUAGAAAAGUAAAGACCAAUUUUGUUAGCAAGACAAACAAGCGGCUUCGAUUGGCGUGGGCUAAAAAGCAUAAGCAUCUUACUAUUGCUGAUUGGAGUCGUUGGGUGUUUUCGGAUGAAACAAGAAUAAACCUUUGGGGCUCAGAUGCGGAGAGUCCUGGUUAUGGUACUACCAUUAUUGAAGGCUCAAUAAACUCGGGCUUGUAUGUCGAUAUUUCGAAGACAUCAUUGAACGACACUCUUGCGCACUUUGGGAAGACACCAUCUGAUGUGCGAUUUCAACAAGACGGAGCAACACCGCAUACAUCGGGCAUUACUAAACAAUGGUUCACCGACAAUGGGUUUAACCUAGACGAAAUUAUGGAUUGGCCACCCCAAAGUCCCGAUCUUAAUCCCAUUGAACAUGUCUGGCAUCUCCUAAAGCUUCGUCUUAAUAAGUGUCCCACUAGGCCCUCAACAAAAGAAGAAUUAGAGCGGCGUAUUAACAUUCAGUGUACUUUGUUUGAUGCCUUGCCACCUGCUCCUCCUGGUAUCCAUCGCAUUGAUCAUGCUUUGAACUGUCUUCCAGACAAGGCUUCAGCUGGUCCACCGUACUUUUGGUCUGCUUUGCUCCUUUUGUUGCAUGCCAUUGAUUGCCUUGUGCAUCCUCUGGCUGUGAUCCCACCAGAUCCAGAUCCUGGAUCGCUCUGGUUUUCUGCUCAUUGA